CUGAGCAAGCAAGGAGUGACUCGCCGCUGAUCUAUUUCUCAACUCGUGAAGUUGCUGACUUAAUCAAAAAUAUGAAGCGCGGAAAGUCACCGGGGCAUGAUGGGCUCAGCAUCGAGCAUCUCCAACAUGCCGGCGUACAUCUCCCACGGGUUCUUAGUAUGUUAUUCAACCUCUGUAUCCGGCAUAGUUAUUUACCUGCAAGUCUCAUGCGUACGCUAGUGGUACCCAUUGUAAAAAAUAGAACCGGAGACGUAUCUGAUAGGAAUAACUAUAGACCCAUAUCGCUGGCUACAGUGACUGCAAAGGUGCUUGACGGUCUUCUUAAUAAGCAGCUCGAUAACUAUUUGCAUUUACAUGACGCUCAGUUCGGGUUUCGAGCGGGUCUCUCGACGGAGAGCGCCAUCUUCACCUUAAAGGAGACCGUCAAAUACUAUACUCAAAGACAGACACCAGUUUAUGGAUGCUUUAUGGACUUAUCCAAAGCCUUCGAUAUGGUUUCCUAUCGGAUACUGUGGGGAAAGUUGCGGGCCACUGGCAUGCCUAAAGAGCUGGUUGACUUGUUCAGUUACUGGUACGAGCGGCAGGAAAAUUGUGUAAGGUGGGCUGGAGCGGUGUCCGACACAUAUAGACUGGAAUGCGGAGUGAGGCAGGGGGGGCUAACCUCACCUAAGCUUUUCUGUCUGUAUGUCGACGAGCUGAUUGCCGGACUCAGCAGCACGUAUGCGGGAUGUUCUAUAGAUGGCCAAAUGGUCAAUAACAUUAGUUACGCGGACGAUAUGGUGUUGCUGAGUCCGUCAGUCAGUGCACUUGGGGACCUGCUACGCAAGUGCGAGACCUAUGCCGAUUCACAUGGACUGAAAUACAACUGUCUCAAAAAGCAGGUUAUGGUUUUCGCGGUGCGGGGCAGGUCUGUAGACUAUGUGCCGCCCAUCAAAUUGCAUGAUAGAGAGCUGGAGAAGGUUGACCAGUUCAAAUAUCUUGGUCACAUUAUCACGAGUGACCUAAAGGACGACAGUGAUAUUGAGAGGGAGCGUAGGGCGUUGGCUGUUCGGGGGAAUAUGCUGGCUCGCAGGUUCGCGCAUUGUACAGGGGAAGUAAAGAGAACCCUGUUCAAGUCCUUCUGUCAAUCGUUUUACACCAGCGGCCUGUGGGUUAGUUAUACUCAGAGAGCACUCAACGCCUUACGAGUCCUCUAUAAUAACAUGUUUAGGGUCCUGAUGGGACUCCCUAGAUUCUGCAGCGCAUCUGGAAUGUUCGCUGACGCCCACGUAGAGGACUUCCACGCUGUAAUGCGUAAAAAGAUUGUGUCUAUUAGAAGCAGAAUCCAGGGUAGUCCCAACAGCAUUCUAAAUAUGUUAGCGGAUAGGCCAGACAGUCUUUUGCAAAGACAUUGGAUGUCCGCACUAAUAAACCCCCAUUCUGGGGAAGUUUAUUAUUUAAAUUAA